UUGGCUGGUAUUCUCCUUCUUUUCUCUUACCUGUCUUCCUCUGAUAGUUAAGGUCGUUGCAGAGGGUGUUUAAUCUGUAGCCUAUCUGUGUAAUUUUAAAAUACGCGAUGGCGCUUUAUCGAAUUACUGCUUUGCGUACCUUUGAUAACGGCCAGGUGUUUCCUGUGUUAUCUUUAAUUGCUAGAAAUCUCACUGAUGCAUCAAACGAUCUUAAAGCUGUAUUAGCAACUAAAAUUCCAAAAGAGCAAGAAAGAGUGAAAAAUUUCCGAAAAUCCCAUGGCGCUGUUAAAGUUGGUGAAGUUACUGUCGACAUGAUGUAUGGAGGCAUGAGAGGUAUCAAAGGGCUGGUAUGUGAGACAUCCGUGCUUGAUCCUGAGGAGGGUAUUCGUUUCCGAGGCUACUCUAUUCCUGAGUGCCAGAAAUUGCUACCUAAGGCCAAGGGAGGUGCUGAGCCUCUGCCUGAAGGUCUCUUCUGGUUACUGCUUACUGGUGACAUUCCUACAGAUGCUCAGGUUGCUGCUGUAUCCAAGGAAUGGUCCAACAGGGCUGGACUUCCCUCACAUGUGGUGACGAUGUUGAACAACUUCCCCAGCAACUUGCAUCCCAUGUCUCAGUUCAGUGCUGCUGUCACGGCACUUAACAGCGAAAGUAAAUUUGCCAAAGCCUAUUCACAGGGAGUAAAGAAAACUCUCUACUGGGAGCAUAUCUAUGAAGACUCAAUGGAUCUGAUCGCUAAGUUGCCCGUGAUCGCAGCAACCAUCUACCGCAACACAUACCAGGAUGGCAAGGGAGUAGGCGCCAUCGACCCUUCCAAGGACUGGAGUGCCAACUUUACUCAGAUGUUAGGCUUUAACAGUCAUGAGUUUACUGAGCUCAUGAGGCUAUACCUCACCAUUCACAGUGACCAUGAAGGUGGUAACGUGUCUGCUCACACUGUACACUUGGUGGGCUCGGCUCUGUCAGAUCCGUACCUGUCAUUUGCUGCUGGUCUCAAUGGCCUGGCUGGUCCUCUUCACGGAUUAGCCAAUCAGGAGGUGUUGGUAUUCUUGACCAAGAUGCAGAAGGAGUUGGGAGACAACAUUUCUGAUGACAAGCUGAAGGAAUUCAUUUGGAAGACUCUGAAGGGAGGCCAGGUGGUGCCUGGUUAUGGCCAUGCUGUGUUGAGGAAGACAGAUCCACGCUACACUUGCCAGCGAGAAUUUGCCCAAAAGCAUUUACCCAAUGAUCCUCUUUUCAAACUGGUGUCACAAGUGUACAAGGUGGUGCCCCCCAUACUCCUUGAGACUGGCAAGGUCAAGAACCCCUGGCCUAAUGUGGAUGCUCACUCCGGUGUUUUACUGCAGUACUAUGGCCUGAAAGAGAUGAACUAUUACACAGUCCUCUUUGGAGUGUCCCGAGCGUUGGGAACAUUGGCUUCUCUCGUGUGGGACAGAGCUCUGGGUCUCCCUAUCGAGCGACCAAAGUCAAUGUCAACGGACGGUUUGAUGAAAGCACUCAAAGCAGCCUAGAGAAUCUCAGAUUAAAUGUUGCAUAGCAAUAUUUGUACCUUCAAAAUUAGUAGUGAGCAAACAGUUACAGUGAUGUCCCAGAAUUUUAGAUUUGUCAGUUAUAAAAGAAGUACUCAUUUGUUUUAAGUAUUUCAUAAUGUAUUUUCUGUUAACUUCAUUGCCACUCUUUAAAACUUCUAGGCUUAUAAUUAUUUUCUGUUUUUGUAUCAAAAACACUGCCAUAAAUUGUUUUUAAUAAAUACUUUAUUGAUUUGUAAGCCAUGUGUUAUUUAUAGAUUAAGAAAUCAAAUCAAAAUUGAUAGUUUGAAGUGGUAAUCAAGCAACUAUAAAACUUUAUGAAUAAAUCAAGUAUAAAAAUUUAUCAUCGUGAAGUGCUUGGUGAACUACUUAUAUGUGAACAAUACUCUAUUUGUGUGCAAUAUCUCCAAAUCAAAUAUGUUCCUUAUAUUAUUCGUGUGUAAUUAACAACAUAAAUUAAAAUGUAAUAUCACAGUAAUAGUUGUUAAAAUUCAGUAAAACUUAUUUUUUUCAAUAUUUUGACACUAUUGACAAAAUAUUAAAAUUGGUAAUAAAAUUAAUACUAUGUAAUUAAAUCUAUGCGGCCUUAAUGCUUAAGUUAUUUCCAUCACACUCAGUGUCAGACAAUAAACUAUUUUAUUUCCUUUUUUUAUAGCACCAGCGUUAUAGCUGUCUCUCCAAAUCAUCGUAUUAAUAAUAGGUUUAAUUAUUUAUUAUUUAUUUGUGCAUAAUUGUGUAAAUGGUGUGCUGUUCCGGUAUACCCGAUUAGUCAGGUUACUGUAUCUUAUCGGUUGUUCUUGUUAAUUUGUACAAAAUUUGUAUCAAAAAGUAUCAUUGUAGUAAAUAAAACCUUUUUUAGCUAGUAAA